AUGAACAACAAGUCCCUCAACACGAUUCAGCCGCGGGGGGCUGGCGGCUCCGGGACGGUGGACCAUGAACUCGUCAUCACCUCCACUUUCGGGACGCUUCUCUCCUUCGUCUAUAUCAUCGGAGUGUCGGGGAACGUGUACACGCUGGUGGUGAUGUGCCACUCGAUCCGCUUCGCCACCUCCAUGUACAUCUCCAUCAUCAACCUGGCCCUGGCGGACCUGCUCUACCUCUCCACCAUCCCCUUCGUGGUGUCCACGUACUUCCUCAAGGACUGGUACUUCGGGGACGUGGGCUGCCGCAUCCUGCUGAGCCUGGACCUGCUCACCAUGCACGCCAGCAUCUUCACGCUCACCGUCAUGUGCACGGAGCGCUACCUGGCCGUGAUCAAGCCCCUGGACACGGUGAGGCGCUCCAAGAGUUACCGCAAGGCUCUGGCGUGGGGCGUGUGGCUGCUCUCCCUGGUGCUCACCGUGCCCAUGAUGGUCAUGGUGACCCAGACCACCAAGAACACGCCGGACGGGGGCAUGAAGAGGAUGUGCGCGCCGACCUGGGCGCCCCUAGCGUACAAGGUGUACGUGACGGUCCUGUUUGGCACCAGCAUCAUGGCACCGGGGCUCAUCAUCGGCUACCUGUAUGUCAAGUUGGCGCGCACUUACUUGGAGUCCCAGCGCAACUCCGUGAUCAGCAGAGGCAGCAAGCGCUCGCCCAAGCAGAAGGUGCUGAUCAUGAUCUUCACCAUCGUGAUGGUGUUCUGGGCGUGUUUCCUGCCCUUCUGGAUCUGGCAGCUGCUGCCUCUGUACCACACCAAGCCGCUGAGCCUGGCCUCGCAGACCCACACCUGCAUCAACUACCUGGUGGCGAGCCUCACGUACUCCAACAGCUGCAUCAACCCGUUCCUCUACACGCUGCUCACCAAGAACUACAGGGAGUACCUGAAGAACCGGCACCGGAGCUUCUACAGGUACACGUCCUCCUUCAAGCAGCGGCCGCCCAGCCUCUACUCGUGGGGGAAGUCUGCGUCCUCCAGCAACCAGUUUGAGUUCCACUCCGAGACGCUGGCCAUGGGGACAUUGAAGUGA